AUGCGGCGCCAACACAAAAUCUCCGACCUCGUUCACCGCAAUAUCUUCCCGAAUCCUGGCCCGGCCGAUCCACCCGACUUUGCUACCCACCUUCAAAAGAACCUCGUCAGCGAAGUACGGGUUGAAACAACCCGGUUUUAUGGCUCCCUAGACACCGUCGAAGCUCGUUAUCCGGGUCUCAACUACAGCCACCCUCCUCACCGAAGACGGCUUUCACGCUUUCCACACCAUGCACGCCUUUUUCAAGCCUUCGAUGAUCUGGGACUUACGGAAACGGAGAUCGGCAUGCUGUGCCGUUGGGAGGGAACGCUCUGGGCUCGAGAGCGAUACGAACGAGACGAAGGGGUGAAAGUUGUCGACACGACGGGCACGGAGAUUGGAAAAUGGGUCGAUCCUCGCCGGUCAUACGCCAGAAGAAACGGAGCAAAUGGCGCCUCGGAUGGGAAUGGAGCCGCCUCUGGGAAGGAAAUCAAGGUUAUGACGGACAUCGAGGUGGAGAUC